AUGACUGCUUUGCUCUCCACCAAUGAGAUCGUUGCAACCCGGUUCAAGGCCAAGGUGCUCAAGAUAGUGCAGCGGCUGGUGAGACGGUGUGGCCAUGCCACACAUGUGCCAAGUGUAGCGGACGGCGAUUUCAGCGAUGACGAGGAUUACAGCGAUGCUGACGAGGACGAGCGCAGCGUGUUCGGCAGCAAAUCACGCGCCGCCAAGUCAGCGUCUCGCCAGGACGGGUCGAAGAAGUCUGCGUGGUCGAACACGCUCUCGUCCAGGUGUGCUGACGUGGCAUUGGGUGGAGCAUGGUAUGGGGCAUGGGAUGGGGCAUGGGGUGUGGCAUGGGGUGUGGGCAUGGGGUGUGGCAUGGCGUGUGGGAUGGGAUGUGGCAUGGGGUGUGUGUGGCAUGGGGUCUGGCAUGGGGUGUGGGAUGGGGUGUGGCAUGGGGUGUGGGAUAUGGGCUCGAUCUCGCAGGCGCGCCGGGCCCUCUCUGCACCCCUGCUCAAGCCCACCCGCGGAACCCUUUCCUCUGGUGCUACUGUUGCUGGUGGUGGGGGUCGUACUGGUGCUGGUGGUGGUGGGGGUUGUACUGGUGCUGGUGCUGGUGGUGGUUGUACUGGUGCUGGUGCUGCUGGUGGUGGUUCGAAGCGGCAUCGUGAUGGGGGUGGGGAGGGGGAGGGGGAGGGGGAGGAUUCGGGCUUUGAGUAUACAGAGGAUGGAAAGAUGGUUGUUCCGGACGAGACCGAGGGGGGUGAGGGUGGUAAAGGGGGGAGGAAAGGAGGAGCCAAGAAGGGCGGUGGCACUGUUCUAAUUGAUUACCUGCCAUGUCUAACAUCCCGUCUCCUGUCUCUGCUCUCUUCUCCCCACCAUCCCCCCUCUCCCCGCCUCUGUGCCCUCCCUUUCCCGUGCUCUUCCCGUGUUCCCCCUCCCCUCCGUGCUCCCCCUUUCCCCGUCCCCUUUUGUCCGCAGGUUGCGGCCCAAAUGGACUGCGGGGACCUGACGGAGUGUCCCGGUCUCGGGCAGUGCGUGGAUCCGGACAAGCUGUGCGACAAGACGGCCAACUGCAAGGACAAGAGCGACGACGCCGCGUGGUACUGCAACCCGCUCGACUGCUCCGACCCCGACACCACCGUGGAGUGCGUGGGCACGGACUACUGCGUGAAGCCGACUCAAGUCUGCGACGGCAUCAUGCAGUGCCCGGGCGCCAUCGACGAGUCCCCGGGUUUCUGCCUCGACUACCGCAGCUCCAACUGCAACGAGGACCAGGUCAAGUGCACCGCCACGGCCGCGUGCACCAAGGGGUACAUGUGCGACGGCGUGGCCAACUGCCCGAAGAUCAAGAACGCGAGCACCGGCGUGCUGUACGCGCCCGACGAGGACCCCAAGUACUGCGCCGCGUACUCGUGCCUGGACGGGUUCCAGAAGUGCAGCGACGAGCUGCAGUGCGUGCUGGUCGACGCUUUCUGCGACGGCAAGAAGGACUGCCUCGAUGGGAGCGAUGAGGACAAGGCCAAAGCAGCUGCUGAUGCUGCAGAUGCCAAGGCGAGGCAGCUUCAGGCAGACGCCAACGCUGCUGGGACCGAAGCGGACCGGCUUCAGAGAGUGGCUAACACCGCUGUUGGGGCUACGGCUAAGGCGAAGAAAGACGCUGCUAAGAAGGCCGGAGCGGACGUUGCUACGAAACAGGCUGCUGCUGCCGCUGCCAAGACGGACGCAAACAACAAGGAGAAGGAGUAUGAGAGCGCAAAAGACACCGCGGAUAGGCUCCGGGAGAAGCUGAAGAAAGCGAUUAGCAAGGCGCAGAACGCGGGAAGCGUGAAGGCGUCAGGUGCCGCGGCGGAGAGACUGACUUCGGCGGCGGAACGGGCCGCGAUGCAGAAGCAGAAGAAGCAGGAUGCGAUGUCGUUUGCACAAAACCAGCGACAGGUGAACCGGGUUAAGAAGUCGGAAAAGGCUUCUGUGGUGCUGGACCGAGCGCGGGCGGCGAAGAGCUUUUGGGACAAGUCGGUAUUUAAGCUGGAAGGGUUGAUGAAUGAUACUCUGGAUGCUGAGGCACUGCUGAAUAAGAUGAGCGAGCGGUAUGAUAAUCUUACGGGGGAUAUUUCGCGGCUGAAUCAGGAGAUUCGGAAGUUUCUGGCUACGGGGGAGAUGGAGAAGGUGCAGCUUCGGCAGAAGAAUGUUGCCCGAACCAAGAAGUGGCUCGACCAAACCAAGUCGGAUCGGGACGAGGCUUACCAGGCGUAUUUGGCGUCGAUGACUCUUCUGGAAGGGGGGGAGGGUGACGUGUCGCUGAGGCGGAAGACUUACAUGCGGAUUGUGAAGGAAUCGAAUAUUCUCAAUGGGAAGGACACGACGGAUCAGAUAAACGAUGGAUCUGAUGGCAGCACGGACGGUUCAGGUGACUCUUCAGGUGAUGGUUCAGGUGAUAGCACAGGUGGAGGUGAUGGUUCAGGGGAUGGCAGUGGUGACCCAUGGCUGGGCUGA